AUGCUAUAUGGUUUUGUGUAUGAUUAUGUUAGUGAUGAUUAUAAGAUAAUUGCUAUAUUUGUGAUUAGUGCAAAGAAUAGCCAUCACAUUAUUGGAAUAUACUCUAUGAAGAAUGAGUUUUGGAAAAAGUUUGACUCUAUUCCAACUAGUUAUCGCUUGUUUGACCAAAAUCCAAUUUCAUUAGAUGGUAUGAUUAACAUGAUGGCAACUAGAUUGAUUGAAGGAACUGGUGGUAGUGAAUUUAACAAGUUUUCCGUUAUUUCUUUGAUUGUGGCUGAUGAGAAAUUUGUUGUAACACCCAUGCCAUCGCAAUAUUGUGGAAGCCAUAUAAAGAUGUCUAAUUUUGCUAAUCGUCUCUAUCUUUCUGCGUUUGUUAAGAUGGAUUUCUUGGUGUGUUCGUGGGAGAAAGAAGGAGAAUGGUGGAAAUGGACUAAUUUCAUGACAAUUCCUACACUAGGCUCAAUCAUUGGCCUUGGGAAUCACAAUUGCUAUAUAGAUGAUAUAAUCUGCUUGAAAGAAAAUGAGAAGAUCUGGUGGAGGAAAAUGGAUGGUGGUUUUCUAGAAUAUGAUGUGCAAAAAAAAGAAGUGAAUGAAUUUAACUUGAAUCAAAUUUCACCUACUACAGAUUUAUCUAUCUUGUUCACGAAAAGUUUAGCUUCCUUAAGAAUUUCAUGGGACUAG